AGAGCAAAACCCAUCAUCUCGCCUUAAUUGUCAUAAUUUUGUUUUAUAAAGUCAUUACCCCGGGAGGGUCAAGAUAUUUUAUUCAUUUUUUGGAUUUAUUUACUGUAUAAAUAAGGAAAAGUAUAACUGUUGUUUACAAUGAUGAUGAUGAUGAUGAGGACGAUGACUAAAAAUAAGAUGACCAUGGUCUCGAAGAUGCAUAAGGUUUCGAAGUCAGCAAAAACAAAUAAAAGGAACAUGCAUAAAGUUACAAAGACCAUUAUAACAUCACCACACAUCUAUAAACCCGUUGGACCAUAUAGCCAAGCAAUCUUAACUAAUAAUACUCUUUACAUCUCUGGAGUCCUUGGCUUGGAUGCCCAGGCCAAAAUGGUUUGUGGCAUCGAAGAACAAACCAAACAAGUUAUGGAAAACAUGAAGCAUGUCUUAAAGGCCGGAGGCGCUUCUCUCGAAUCUGUUAUAAAAACAACUAUUUUGCUGGCCCGAAUAGAAGAUUUCCCAGUUGUUAAUAAAAUAUACGGUUGUUACUUUAAAAAACAUAGUCCUGCCCGCGCUACUUUCCAAGUCGGCAAACUGCCUCUAGGUGCAGAUGUGGAGAUAGAAGCCAUUGCCUUAAGUGGAGAUCUUGAGAUAAAAGAAGGAGCUGGAGACUCCUGUUCUCAACCAGAUCCUUGUUCAAGAAAAUGUUAAAGUCUAAACGUUAUUUCCGUUAUAGGAAUAAAAAAUGGCCGGUAUUAGAUCAUUUUAAUGGAGGUUAAAGAAUUGCUUGGAGAACUCUAAA